AUAGAAGCACAAAACCAUAUAACUGCACAUUUAUCACAUAAAGAAUUUUAAAUGUAUUCACGUUAUAAUGCGACAAAUAUACUGUCGUUAUGACAACAUACUAAUUUAGGUUUUAAUACAAUUUAAAAUAAAUUUAUAGCACUCAUAAAGCGAUCUUCAAAAUAUUCGCCAAGCAAGUUUCGUCACAAACAGUAAUUUUCGAUAAUUAUAUUCGCACAGCAAUGUUUCUUAGCUUCGAAUGGUGUUAAUACAUUAUUCCUGUACGCACAUUGUAAAGAAAACACCGUAAUGUCUCGCGUCUCAAACAGAAAUGAAGAGAUGUCGAAAACAUGCGAAAGCGACGUUACAACUGCGCUUGCGCCGAUCGAACGUAAAAGAGAAAUAUCAAAUGUACAUAUACGAAGAAAAAAAAUUAAUCGCUUUAUUACGUAAGUAAUAACGUAUAACGUUAUACGCUAUAGAUACCAACAGUCACAUACGCACCAUAACCAUAGUUUGCAUGAUUAUAGUAAGCUGUAAGUAUUUAUUCGUAAUUUUUUGCACAAGUUCAAUAUUUUAUUUAAAUGUAACUAGUAAAUUAUAGUUACAAUCAAACAUGCCAAAGUUAGAAAGUAACUCGUAGAAAGAAAUACGGCACAAACGCGAUAUGACCUUUGUUCCGAGUUGGCAAAAUUGUCCGCUAAACAGUUACUAUACAAUUAAUCGAAUUUUGUUACUAUGUAUCGGUUUAUGGCCGUUUCAAAAAUCUAUUUUUAAACAUGUUAUGAUAACAAUUGUAACUAUAAUAUUUACAUUGGGCUUAGUGUUUCAGCUAAUGACAUUCGUCACUACAGAGUACAAUAUGGAUAUUCUUCUACGUGUACUCCCGUACGUCCUCCCAUGGCUAGCCGAUACGUUAAAAUAUAAUGCUUUCUGCCUAAACAUAAAAGGGUUAAGAAGCGUUACGGAACGAAUGCUUUGUGAUUGGAAUGAAUUAACCAACGUGCAAGAAAUUGAAAUAAUAAAAAAAUACGCGGAUAUUGCAAGAUUUAUUACAUUGCUAACAACAAUGUUCGUCUAUGGAAGUAUUUUUGUUUUUAUUUUGAUACAGUUGCUACCACAUAUUUUUCUGACCAUUACAUCUAGUAAAAAUGACACCAAUUUACGACAACUUCCGGUCCUUAUAGAAUGUUUUCUGGAUCAGCAGAAAUAUUAUUUUCUAUUUUUACUGCUAUUAUCUUUUGCCGCAAUAUGUUGUUUUACUACGGUGAUAGCUACAGAAACACUUAUAAUGGCAUAUGCACAUCAUGCAUGUGGCUUAUUUGAAAUAGCCAGUUGUCGCAUAGAACAAGCUUUUCUCGAAAAUAGGGUAAAAGGUAUUACAUCUGUAACGCAAAGAAAUUCGAUAAUAUGUCAAGGAAUAAUCAACGGAUUUGAAAUGUAUAACAGAGCAGUCGAGUUUAUCGAUAUGGUACAAAAAAGUUGUAAAUGGGCAUAUUCAUUACUAAUGCCAUUAGGGGUGCUAUCGCUGAGCGUUAAUCUUUUUAACUUUUCUCGAUUAGUAAACUCCAAAAACUAUAUCGAGAUGAUUACUAGUUUUAUUUUCAUUAUCGGCCAUUUUGGAUAUAUGUUUUUUUCUAACUAUUUAGGACAACAAAUGAUCGAUCAUAGCAGCAGUGUUUUCCACAGAUUAUACAACGUGAAAUGGUACGUAGCUCCGUUAAAAGCGCAAAAAUUAUUGCUGCUUGUAAUGCAAAGAAGCAUACGGCAUUGUACAAUCGUCAUGUACGGCUUGUUUAUUACGUCAUUUGAAGGAAUUGCCACGCUUGGAAACAUAUCAUUUUCAUACUUUGCGUUAAUUUUUUCCCUCUAUUGAUUAUUCGCAUAAAAAUCGAAAUUUAGAAAGUUGCCACGAUGAAAAUAGUUCUAGCAUACCUACACAACCAUAGAAAAAUAUAGUGAACAUUUUGGUUGUGGAACGUUGCAAAUAGAAGACAAAUAAUACUAGCAGAAUGCCAAAACUAGGGCCUACCAUUGCAUCUCUUAUAGAAUCUCCAAUGUGAACCAAAUCUGAAGAAUAUAUUACGUAAUAAAUCAGUAACAACAAAACAGAACUAAUAAUAUGUAACAAUGUGACAAUUUGGCCAAUCCUAAACAGAUCUACUUAUCGCAACAACGCUUAGAUUGGUACCAAAUGUAAAUUAGAUGUGUUAUCAGUAGAAAUGGGGAUAGAUUAAUAUCAAAACAAAUCUGUUUCCAGAAGAAAUAACAGAAAAAUGUCAAAUUCUUGUAUUAAUGUGAAAUUAAAAAUUUUACUGUCAAAAAGUGGCUUUUAUAUAAUUUUUAACCUAAUUUUGAAUACACGCCUUUAAAGCAGUCACUAAAACAUGUGAAAAUCACAAAUAAAAAAUCACAUUACUGAACCUUUUAUUCAAAAGAGUAUACAACAUUAAUAAUUAAGUUGUGUACUUCUAAAAUAAAAAAAAUAUGUUAUUGUUUUAUUAGAUCAUGCAUUUUUAUAAAAAAUUAAUCCUUGAAAAUAAGAAUCCACUCUUGAUUAUAUGAUAAUACUGUUAAAUAUUAUAAUAUAAUCAAGUAAAUAAACGUAGUUAAAAAUUUCAAACAAUAUGACUGUAAGUACACUUUUUUCCGGACGCGUUUGGACUUAUUUUCAUGUCAUUUUCAAGAGUAUAACAUACAUAAGUAAUAUUUGUUAGAGAAGGGCGAAAUUGUGGCUGUUCUUGAUCAUAAAUUUAUGAAUGAAUUUGUACAUUCAAUUCAUAUUAGUUAGCCAGAUGGGUCAAGAACAUAUUAGUAUAUAAUAUGUUAAUUUUAAGAAUGCUAUUAUAGUGUACAAAAUCACAGACAGUACAGACACCACUCACCAAGAAUUCACCGAUAGUCUGGUACUUUCACAGUACAAUUCAUCAAAAAA